AUGGAGACUGGGACCUUCCUGGGCGGCAACCGUGCGACUGUGACUCUGGACCCAGACACAGCUCAUCCCGACCUUGCCCUGUCUGAGGAUGGGAAACGCGUGCGACGGGGGGACAUCCGGAAAGAUCAGGACACCAAUUCUGAGCGAUUUGAAUAUGAGCGCUGUACUCUAGGUUGUGAGAGCUUCACCUCGGGGAGACAUUACUGGGAGGUUGAAUUGGGGGGUGGGGAUUACUGGGCUGUGGGAGCUGCUAGCGACUCUGUGAAGCGGAAAGGAGAAAUAAUUUUUAAACCUGAGGAAGGGAUCUGGGCGGUGGGCCAUUGGGGGAAUAAGUACCUGGCUGCCACUUACCCUCGCUCCCAGUUGAACUUGAGAUGGGUCCCUAGAAGGAUUCGGAUUUUUUUGGAUUAUGAUUUGGGGCAGGUGGCAUUUUUUGAUGCUGAUAAAGGGGCCCUAAUCUUCGCAUUCCCAACAGCCUCCUUUUCUGAGGAGGGAAUCCGCCCCUUUUUCUGGGUCUGGGAUAUGGAAUCCCAGCUCAGACUGUGUCCCUGAGAAUUAGGAAGAAAAAUCCUGAGGGGCUAUGUCUACACUGCGCUGGUUUUG